CAGUAAAAUUAUAAAAAUAUAAGUACUUAGGAAUGAAUGAGUAAUGUUGCAAAUGCAAGCCCCUGCCACAUAGCACAUGCUGGGAGGUAGAAAACAAACAAAACAAUAAAUGAGUUUGACAAAUAAAUUGAAGAUUAGCCAAGGAAUGGCAGGGGUGAUAAUGCGGUGGGAAACAUUGGUUGAAAAUGGAAAGGAAAUGAAAAAGAAAUGGAGAGGGGUGAGGUAGGGGUCAUGCUCAUGCUGACCCUGUUGGUCUCCUCACAACUAUAUCUUCCCACGUUAGGAACGUAGAUGCUAAUGUCAGUCACUGUAUUUGGAAAGGCUUUGCAAGAGGAAGGGAACAACCAACUCUCUCUUUGCAUUUCACUCAUAACUUAACUCCUUUAAACUCUCGCUCCCCUCAAUCCUCCCUCUCUUUCUCUUAACCUUUUUUCUUUCACUAAAACCCCUCAAGGCUCAACUUUACCUGUUUCCUUUAUUUUGUUUGAUCUAUUGUGAUUUCAUUGGUCCCUUGCUAACAAGUGUGGCUAUAACAUAACUCUCGUGUACACAAGUAAGUACAUACAUGAUGUGGUUUGGAGUUGGUUUAUUUUUAUUUGUUCUCAAAUCUCUUUCUUUCCAACUGCACAAAUGGUGAUGAUGAUUCAAAAUGUGGGUAGCUUAGGGGACUAAUUUAAGCGAUGAUAAACAAGUUUGUCCAAACUGGGUAUUCUUCACUUUUAUUAAAAAUAAAAACUUCGGUCUAAUAUUUGGAAUCCGCAUUGGGUUCCAUAAGGACUAAGCGAGAAGCAUGAAGAACUUAUAUUGGUUUAAAGAAAUUUCUAACAACGUUAGAUCAGGGAGAAGGCUUUCACUUGGGGAAUACAAGCGAGCAGUGUCAUGGUCUAAGUAUCUGGUCUCAUCUGGGGCAGCCAUAAAGGAAGGAGAAGAAGAAUGGAGUGCUGAUAUGUCUCUGUUGUUCAUUGGAUCCAAAUUUGCUUCUGGCAGGCACAGUAGGAUUUACAGAGGCAUAUACAAGCACAUGGAUGUUGCAAUUAAGCUGGUAAGUCAACCGGAGGAGGAUGAAGAAUUGGCUGUUUUGCUAGAGAAGCAAUUCACUUCUGAGGUUGCUUUGCUCUUUCGAUUGCGCCAUCCAAAUAUCAUAACUUUUGUUGCAGCUUGCAAAAAACCUCCUGUUUUUUGUAUAAUCACUGAAUAUCUGGCUGGGGGUUCCUUGAGAAAAUAUUUGCAUCAGCAAGGACCACAUUCAGUUCCUCACAAACUUGUUCUGAAAUUGGCAUUAGACAUUGCACGUGGCAUGCAGUAUCUUCAUUCUCAGGGUAUACUUCAUAGGGAUCUCAAAUCAGAAAAUCUGCUGUUGGGGGAAGAUUUGUGCGUAAAAGUAGCAGAUUUUGGAAUCUCAUGCUUGGAAUCUCAGACAGGCAGUGCAAAAGGAUUCACAGGAACAUACCGUUGGAUGGCACCUGAAAUGAUAAGAGAAAAGCGUCACACCAAGAAAGUAGAUGUUUAUAGUUUCGCCAUAGUUCUAUGGGAACUCCUAACAGGAUUGACGCCAUUUGAUAACAUGACAGCAGAGCAGGCAGCAUAUGCUGUGACUCACAAGAACGCACGGCCUCCGUUGCCAUGUAACUGUCCAAGGGCAUUUAGUCAUCUAAUCAACAGAUGCUGGUCAAGCAAUCCAGAUAAACGACCACAUUUUGAUGAGAUAGUCUCAAUUUUGGAGAGCUAUACUGAAGCACUUGAGCAGGAUCCAGAAUUUUUCUCUACUUACAAACCACGUCCUAAUAAUAUAAUUCUUAGAUGCUUACCAAAAUGUAAUACUGCCAAUAAAUCUGCUUCUUGCAAAGCUUAGGAUUCUCUUUCCGAUAAUGUCACAUUAAUUGUAUUAAAUCAAUCCCAAGAACUAAUAUAUGUUUAAUUAAUAAGUAUAAUCACAUCUUCCAUAAUAUUGUUUAAGAAAGUAAAGCU